AUGUUCAACAACGAUCAGACAAUGCCUAAUGGAUUUUUACAAGAGCCUGUCGCUUUUGAAGACUUUGAAUUCACUUUAGGUUAUGAUUUUGCGGUGCCUAUUGAUUUCAAUGAGCUCGAGGACAUUCCUUUUAACCCUGAGGCACACUCUCACGUUUUGGAUGAAGACGAACGAGACAUGUUUAACCAAUUUUUGGACCAAUUCGAUACUGAUGGCGACGUCCACAUGGAUCCUUCGGCCUUUUCCUUCCCAGUUCAAGUGGAUGAAGAUGGACUAUGUGAAUCAUUCUUGCUUCAUUCAUUAGAUGAUAGAAACAAUGUAAUAGAAGAUAGCUCGGAAUAUGAACAUGGAACAUCUUCUUUAUUAAAAGAAGCAACAAAUCGUCUUGGUUACCUGUGUUCAUCAACUCAAUCUACAGGGAACAUUUCUCCUGGUCUUAAUACAAGCAAUACCAAUCAUUAUGGAGAACUUACAGUGCCGAUGUAA